AUGUGGCGAUCGAUGCGUCGUAAGUCGAGACAUGUGACAUCUGAAGGUGAUUUACCGUUGGGUGACCGACGUUCCAGCGUAGAGCUUCAUGAGCUGCCCUUCUCACACCAUAGACGGACACGUUCGUGCACGAGAAGGUAUCCGAAACUCGAAGAAGCUCUC